AUGGCUGCUCCGCCGGGGCCGCCCGGCUCCGCUCUGCGGGUCCUGGACGAAGCCUGGGGCGUGGGCUGGACGGCAGCCGGGGACGCGGCGGACGCCGUGGCCGCCGAGGGCGCCUACUACCUGGAGCAAGUCACCAUAACAGAGGCAUCUGAAGAUGACUGUGAAUAUGAAGAGAUAGCAGAUGACAAUUUUAGCAUUCCGGAGGGUGAAGAAGACCUGGCAAAAGCAAUUCAGAUUGUCCAAGAACAGGCCACAGAUACAAAAAUUUUGGAACAGAAAACAGUUCUUCCUUCAAAGCCUGUGCCUGAAGUAAUAGAAGACUUUCUCUGCAACUUCCUCAUCAAAAUGGGAAUGACCAGAACUCUUGAUUGCUUUCAGUCUGAAUGGUAUGAGUUAAUACAGAAGGGAGGUACUGAACUUAGAACUGUUGGGAAUGUUCCAGAUGUCUACACCCAGAUCAUGCUUUUAGAAAAUGAGAACAAAAAUUUAAAGAAAGACUUGAAACACUACAAACAAGCUGCUGAGUAUGUUAUUUUUUAAAUUACAUUUUUUUCUUUUUCUUUUUGACUAAGUAAAACAGUUGAAUGAGGCUGA